AUGCAGACAGAGAAAAGUCAAAUGCAGCGACUCCAGGCCUUGCAGCAGGUCGCCGACACAUAUCAGAGAGGAGCCGAUGCUGACCCUGAUGCUGAUGGUGCGACACCUGCAAUAAGUGUCUUCCUUGGUGAACAGUCUGUCCCUUCCUUUGUCGAACAACAGAUCAACCAGAUUUCGACGUCUAGCGACGAAGGUGCAGCUGAGGUCAGGCAGACGGCAGUACCCAUGCUGGGGCUUCAACCAUCUGAACAGGAGCUUUUCCCUUACUGGCAACCUUAUGAUGACUAUGCUCAGAAUAUCUCUGAAGCUUUGCCAGACAAGACUGAGAUCCUCGAGUUAUUCUCCCGCUAUAUACAUGUCGUUUAUCCGCUUAAUCCAUAUCUCCUAGACGUCGGACGGUUUGAGAUUGAGUUGAUCCGGUUUUUAGAAGCGACGUCACAAAAUUCUCAAAGCUACCUACAAGGAUCGAACCCUGCCUGGGUUGGGCUCUUAUUUGCGGUCAUAGCAUCCGGACUUCAAUGUUCUCGUGUACGCACGCCUGAAGAUGUACUGAAAUGCCGUCGUUACAUUUCUACAGCAUUCCACUGUUUGCAUCUUGCUCAAGGAUUUGUCAAACCCUCAAUAGACUGCAUCCAGGCCCUUGUGAUCAUUGUUCAUGUCCUACAAAACGAGCUGCUCACCGAGGCUGCUUGGACACUUGUCGGGCUGCUAAGCCGACAGGCCCAAUCGUUGGGAUUGCACAUGGCCAAAGCCAACCCACAACAAGCCCGGAGUCAAGGAGUCGAGCAAAUCCAACUGUGGUGGAUCAUCAUGUGGCAAGAUAGUCUCCUAUCACUGUGCUUCGACCGAGCACCUGCAACUGCCGUCAACUGUACGGACCCAGUCCACACCCUGAUGGCUGGCGACCAAGAACUGGGAUAUCGAGAAGCAAUGUGCGCGCUCUGUCAUCUAACCUUGAAAGUCAGCGCUCGCCGCUAUGCCUUUGAUAUGACGAACUCCACAGACCCCAGCUACGAGAAUAUCAUGCGGGAUUUUAACAUGGUCGAGCAAAUCAAAUCGAAGCUUCGUUCCGAAAUAAAAGCGCACGGUAAUUGCAGAACCGUCCAAGAUCUCGUCCAUUACACUUGUUUCAAACUACAUUCAUCGUUUGCACAGGGGGCCCUUCUGCGUCCGUCCCUGAACACCAAGAAUUGGCGUUAUCUGACCACAGUGCAAAGGCAAGACCUAGCCACCAAAUGCAUCAAUUCCCACAAGAGUUCGCUGGACGCCUACCUGAAUCUGUUGGCGAUCAGCACGAGUGCCAAGCGUUCGUGGGCAAUGUUGCAUAACGGCCUUGCGUCGGCGCUCAUCCUGGCCAUUACGGGCCAAAUCAAACACGACCCCUCCGUGGCAGCCAUGUUAGAACGCUUGUUCACGACCCUGCAGGCUAACUCUCCUAGCGAUACUGACGCCAAACAACUAUGGGAUCCUCAUGAGAGAGGAUUGCAGGCGCUCCAGCGGAUGUACGAACGUCAGACUCUGGGAGCGGCUUCCUCUCACACGCCUAUCGCGGAUCGCGGCACACUCCCAUCUCUAUCUACCGCUGCGGGUAUGGCUGGUACCUCAGGUCCUUCCGCCACGGAGAUCUUUGAGGUGGACUAUUUCGCGUUCGAUCCGCAAUCGAUGGGGGAAAUAUCUGCCUUUCUUCCCAAUAGUGGCUCAUACGGCGAUCUCAUGGUUGACGACGUAUUCGACUCCGUCUUGUGGGGAUCAGGUUGA